ACCUGUGCUGUGAGAGGGGGCGGAGCCUCAGGUGGGUCGGGUUCAAGUUCUGCAGAAUCAGGUCCGGUUCUCCAGUCGCUCCGACUCGGUUUGUGUGAACAGAAGGAGAAGCAAAGAUCUGAUCAGAGGAAGACGGCAGAGACAGUGAGGACAACUGGUCACCUGAAAACUAAACACCUGAGCAGGAGUCCAGACGCAUUUCUGGAGGAGCUUUAAUCAGCUGAUGCUAGUGGUACCAGCAACACAACACUGUCCAAUGGCAACAAACAGGAUUUAAAGAUGUUUAAGUUUUCAUUUCAGCCUGAAGGAAAUCUGAUCCUAGAAUGACUGACGAUCCUUAACGGGAACAUAGAAAAACUUGAUAAAAAAUGGCGCAGCAGCAGGAAGUCCAGCAGGAUUUUGAGGAAAAACUUUUCAAAGUUCGCAGUGAGUUUGUGAAGAGAGUUUCUGAGGAAAUCCUGAUUCAGCUCCUCGAUGACCUGGAAACAGACGGUGUCUUUAAUCUUUCGGAGAAACGGGCAAUACUUGAAGGGAACCAAAUAACAGCAAACAAGGCCCGGGAGACCAUAGAUGCUGUGAGGAUGAAAGGACAGAGAGCCUGCAGAUUGAUGAUCAAACGUCUUCACUUUAUAGAUCCUGCCCUGUCCAAUCAGCUGAGUUUGUCCUCUAACUCCUCUGAUUUAGAUUUUGAUGAUCGAUGUCAACAUGACCUCAAAGAGUCUCUAAAGAAUACCUGGGAAUCUAUCUGUGAAGGCAUUGCAGUACGUGGAGAGAAAACAUUUCUGAAUGAUAUUUUCACAGAGCUCUACAUAUUAGAAGGAGGAACUGGAGGGGUCAACCAGGAACAUGAGGUCAGACACAUUGAAACAGCAUCCAGUAAUCAAGGAGCAAAAAUAAAACUGGAAAACAUCUUUGAACCCAACCCUGCUAGAAAGCAACGGAUCAGAACAGUGAUGACCAUGGGAGUGGCUGGCAUUGGGAAAACACUGUUAACACAGAAGUUCACUCUGGACUGGGCUGAAGAUAAAGCCCACCAGAACAUCGACUUCAUAUUUCCAUUUACUUUCAAAGAUCUGAAUAACUUGAAAGAAGAAGCUUUCAGCUUAGUGGAACUGAUUCAUCACUUCUUUGACAAUAUUAAAGAUGCAGGAAUCUGCAGCUUUAAAAAGUUCCAGGUUCUUUUCAUCUUUGAUGGUCUGGAUGAGAGUCGACUUCCUCUGGACUUCAAGAAGAAUCCAGUUCUGACUGAUGUUAAAAAGUCCACUUCACUGGAUGUUCUGCUGACAAACCUCUUCAUGGGGAAACUGCUUCCCUCUGCUCUCCUCUGGGUAACCACACGACCUGCUGCAGCUAGUUUGAUCCCAAAUAAGUCUAUUGACAGGGUCAUAGAGGUCAGCGGGUUCACUGACCCCCAGAAGGAGGAGUACUUCAGGAAGAGAUUCAGAGAUGAUGAAGAGAAGGCCAGCAGGAUCAUCUCCCACAUCCAGAAAUCAAAAACUCUCCACAUCAUGUGUCACAUCCCAGUUUUCUGCUGUAUCACUGCUAAAGUUCUGGAGAAUCUGAUGAAGACCAGAGAGGGAGGAGAGCUGCCCAAGACCCUGACUGAGAUGUACAUAGAGUUCCUGCUGGUUCAACUCACAAUCAAGGAGGAAAAGUAUUUUGGAAAAGCUGAAGAAGAUCCAGAGAACAUAAAGCUGAUUGAGUCUCUAGGAAAACUGGCUUUUGAGCAGCUGCUGAAGGGAAACCUGAUCUUCUAUGACAAAGAGCUCAAAAAAUGCGGCAUCAACAUCAAAGAUGCUGCGUUGUACUCAGGAGUGUUCACUGAGAUGUUUAAAAAGGAGAGAGGGACGCGCGACAUCUCAGUCUAUUCCUUUGUUCAUCUGAGCAUCCAGGAGUUUCUGGCUGCAGUCUACAUGCUCCACUGUUUCACCAGCAGGAGGAAAACAAAAAUGAUCAAAACAUUGUUGGGAAAAUGUUAUUUUUUCUUAUCUUUGCAUAAUUUCAUGAAGAAAGUCAUGGAGAAAUCCCUCCGCAGUAAAAAUGGCCACCUGGACCUGUUUGUCCGCUUCCUUCAUGGUCUCACUGUGGAGUCCAACCAGAGCCUUUUAGGAGGCCUGCUGGGUAAGACAGAGAACAGUCCAGAAACCACCCAGAGAAUCAUCACCAACCUGAAGAAGAUGAACACUCAUAAAAUCUCUCCUGACAGAAGCAUCAACAUCUUCUACUGUCUGGUGGAGAUGAACGACGACUCGUUUUAUCAGGAAAUCCCAAAGCUGCUGGAUUCAGGGAAGCAGCUCUCAGAGACUGACUGUUCAGCUCUGGCCUUCAUGCUGCAGGUGUCAGAGGUUCUGGAUGAGUUGGACCUGGAGAAGUACAACACAUCAGAAUCAGGACGACAGAGACUGGUUCCAGCUGUGAGGAACUGCAGAAAGGCUCGACUUGGUGGCUGUUCGCUUGAUAAGGAUGAAUGUGAAGUUUUGGCCUCGGCUCUGAAGUCCAACCCAGAUCUGACUGAACUGGAAAUAAAUGACAUUAACAUACAUGGAGGUGGAACCUUUGGAGACUCUGAUCUGAAGCCUCUGGUUGAGAUCCUGGAGAGUUCAGUCAGUAAAGUGAAGAUUCUGAGAUUGGAGAAAUGCAGUUUAUCAGAGACCAGCUGGACUUCUCUGUUCUCAGCUCUGAAGUCCAACCCGACCCAUCUGACAGAACUGAACCUGAUCGGAACCAACCUGGAAGAUUCUGUAGUGAAGGAGCUCUGUGGUUUUCUACAGACUGAAGGCUGCAGACUGGAGACAUUGAGAUUGAAGUUCUGCAGUUUGUCAAAGAUCAGCUGUGAUGAUUUGACCUCAACUCUGAAGUCCAACCCGACCCGUCUGACAGGACUGGACCUCGGAGGAAACAACCUGGGAGAUUCUGGACUGAAGGAGCUCUGUGGUUUUCUACAGACUGAAGGCUGCAGACUGGAGAUAUUGUUUUUGUAUCACUGCAGGUUGUCAAAGAUCAGCUGUGAUGAUUUGGCCUCAGCUCUGAAGUCCAACCCGACCCUCCAUCUGAAACAUCUGAACCUGAGAUACAACAACCUGAAGGAUUCAGAUGUUCAGCAGCUGAAGGAUCUUGUAGAGACUGUAGAGAUCUGAUCUCUGUAAAGUAGAAAAUGGUCUCAGUGUCCUGCUGAUCCUCAGAGGUUGAAGCUGCAGCAGUUUGAGUCUAAAGAGACUCUGAC